AUGAAAGAAUGCUCAUGUAAAAGAAGUGGUGUGUUUGCAUUUAAAACAACACAUGAUGCAGUUAUUUGUGUUUCUAUUCUAAAUAAUAAAGACGAAAAUGGAAUAUCACUCAAAUUAGCUUUUGUUUCUGAGCCACCACAAGUUUCUCCGUCAAAUAUAAAAUAUGGUUAUUCACAACCACACCCAAUGGGUCAUAUGUCUGCCAACCAACCAAUUCUUCCUGCACAACCAAUAACCCCAUUUCCACCAAUUCUUAUACCUCAAACUCUUCCACCUCAAACUCUUCCUCCACAAAACCUUCCUCCACAAAACCUUCCUCCACAAAAUGUUCCUCCACAAACUCUUCCAUCACAAAGCCUUCCUCCACAAAGUCUUCCACCUCAAAAUCUUCCAUCACAAAGCCUUCCACCUCAAAAUCUUCCUUUUCAGCAAUCACAAUUAACUAAUCCAUAUUCUUCUUAUAAACUAGAAUCCCAAAAUAACAACCAACCAUAUUCAUUAAAUGAGACUGAAACAACAAAACCAAUAAAGCCACCAACACACUAUUACAAUUAUUCACAGUGA